AUGGGACAAGGAUACUCCCUUACUACCCUGUCUGCAGGGUCGGCGGGUAUCGAUGUGGCCGAACUCUCAGACCUCAUGUAUGAGAAGUCCAUGGGCGGGGGACGGUUCAUGAAAAGCAUCCGUGCCAGACAGCAGAAUGGCCUGGCCUUUGUCAAGGUGAUCAUGAAGCCAUAUCCGUCCAUGGACUUGGAACCUUACUCAAAAGAUAUUCGCCGCGAACGGGAGCUCUUAUCAGAUGUGCCUAAUGCAUUAAGCUAUGAGAGAAUCAUCGAGACUGACACCAGUGGUUAUCUUGUUCGGCAGUAUAUCCAUAGCUCUCUAUAUGACCGUAUGAGCACUCGGCCAUUUCUAGAGGACAUCGAAAAGAAAUGGGUCGCUUUCCAGCUUCUAUGCGCUCUAAGGGACUGCCAUUCGCUGGAUAUCUUCCACGGUGAUAUCAAGACGGAGAAUGUCCUGGUGACUUCCUGGAAUUGGCUUUACCUAUCUGAUUUUUCUUCUUCUUUCAAACCAACAUUCCUUCCGGAAGACAACCCUGCAGACUUCUCAUUUUACUUCGAUAUUUCUGGAAGAAGAACCUGCUAUUUAGCUCCGGAGCGGUUCCUGGUUGCCGGUGAAGAGCCAGGAAAUCGCCAUGUGAACUGGGCCAUGGACAUAUUCAGUGCUGGCUGCGUCAUCGCCGAGCUCUUUCUCGAGUCUCCAAUCUUCACACUGAGCCAAAUGUACAAGUAUCGGAAGGGCGAAUACAGUCCAGAGCAUGGCCAGCUCUCGAAGAUUGAGGAUCCCGAAAUCCGGGAAUUGAUCCUGCAUAUGCUUCAGCUUGAUCCAGAAUCACGCUACUCGGCAGAGGAGUACUUGAAUUUCUGGAAGAAUAAAGCCUUCCCUGAGUAUUUUUACAGCUUUCUUCAUCAGUACAUGUCCCUUAUGACAGACCCAUCGUCUGGGAGAACAAAGGUGGAAGCUGAAUCUGCCAAUCGUGGCGAGCCGGACGAUCGGAUCGAACGAAUAUGUCUGGACUUCGAUAAGAUAUCCUACUUUCUUGGCACCUCGCCGCGUGGGACUCGUGAUCAUGCGGAUUCUACACGAGUUCGACUGACGGGUGACAUACUCCCUGUCAAACUCGAUCUGCCCAGUGGAGGAACAUCGCCAUCAACCUCAUCAGAUGAAGGCGUUUUGAUAUUCCUUACGCUUGUGGUUUCCAACUUGCGGACUACUUCCAAGGCUUCGGCCCGAAUCAAAGCCUGUGAUAUCCUUCUAGCGUUUUCGGAAAGAUUGUCUGAUGAUGCCAGACUCGACCGCGUGUUGCCAUAUAUCAUGAUACUUUUAGCAGACAAAACCGAUACAGUCCGGGUGGCAGCAAUCCGCACGCUGACCCAACUGUUGGAGAUGGUCCGCGUUGUCUCGCCCGUCAAUGCCUACCUAUUCUCCGAAUACAUUUUCCCACGACUUCAACCCUUUAUCCCCUCCCAUAGACACCACCCCAGUCCCAUGGCUUUGCGUUCUGAUAGCCGACUGACCGCAAUAAUUCCUGUUGGCUUUGAACCGCGAUGGAGCGAGGACUCUACAUACCACAACCUCUACGACGUUGCACGGGUUGACCUUCUGGAAUAUUUCGAGGUUCACACCAAAGCGCUUCUGACCGAUACAGAUGCCUCCGUUCGUCGAACGUUUUUGGGAUCCGUCUCUAGUUUAUGCGUAUUCUUUGGCAACACCAAAGCCAAUGAAGUGAUUUUGAGUCACCUGAAUACAUAUCUGAAUGAUCGAGAUUGGAUAUUGAAAUGCGCCUUCCUCGAGACCGUGGUGGGCGUUGCUGCAUAUGUCGGGAGUACCAGCUUAGAGCUCUAUAUUCUCCCUCUGAUGAUUCAGUCGAUGACCGAGCGUGAGGAAUUCGUGGUCGAAAAGGUGAUCCGGUCCCUUGCGGCCAUGGCUGAUUUAGGCCUGUUUCAGCGAUCGACCACCUGGGACUUGCUCCAUAUGACCGUUGGGUUUUUGGCCCAUCCUAACAUCUGGAUUCGAGAGGCAGCAGUUAAUCUUGUGGUGAAAUCUACCAAGUUCCUCUCUAUGGCUGAUAUUUACUCGAUAUUGACACCUUUGAUCCGGCCUCUCCUGAAAGUUCAAGCCGCAGGGUUCUCUGAAGUGGAAAUUCUGGACUCGCUGAAACGUCCCUUGUCCCGAAAUGUUUAUGACAUGGCUCUUGUGUGGGCAUCUAAAGCAGAAAGGGGCAUUUUCUGGAGAUCAAGUGGCCGUGAUAGGUCUUUUAACCUCUCUGAACCCGGCUCCCAUGGCAUCAGAACAAGGCGAUCCUUCUCAAUGGGUUCCCAGCCUAGGAAUGAAGAAGAUGAGCAAUGGCUUAGCCGGUUGCGUAGUCUCGGGAUGACUGUCGAAGAUGAGGGCAAACUCCUGGCACUAAAGGAUUACAUAUGGAAGGUUUCACGCAGGCACGCAAGAGAUAGUGAUCCUGAGCCUGCUCUCCCACUCAGCGACAUUAUCAGCCUCAGUCAACAUGGAGUUACCCCUCAGACAGUGUUCUUCGAUAAGAACCUCAACGAGAGGCCUCAACAAGAUGUUUCUCGAGACCGAACAGAGAGCCCCAGGCCGGAAGCAACCAAACCGCGCACGAUUGCAGAUGCACUACUCGAUGCUUCUACUACCAUCGAAGGGGCUUCCAACGCUCAACACCGACAUAUUCGAACACGAACUCAACUGCACAAAGAAGCAGAAGUGCCGCGCCCAAUUCGCGUUGGAGCUGUUGGGGCCGGCUCAUCUUCCUCCUCACCGGCGGCAUCAUCUCCUGCCGCCGGCCCCGGGUCCCGUCCAUUAUCACCCCCAGCUUCAGACGGUCAGAACCGCGACCGACGGCUCAGCUCCGGUCAGGGAAGUUCGCUAGCAACAACACCAACAAAUGGCGAUACCCUAUCAUUGAGGGGUCCAUCGGAUAGAGUUCAACGAAAAUCUAGCGCCAUUAAUCUACUCGGCCGGAACGAGACUUCGAAAGCCUUUGCUGAAACGAGUACAAUCCCAACGAACGCAUUUGGAAAGCUUGACGCUCCUGUCCAACGAGGGGGGGGCCCUCAGCCAUCGGAGCUCUCCCAGGCAAAUGAGCGCAGAAUGGCCCCACCUGCCCGGCGGUAUCGUGCAAACCAUUCUUACGCCGGUGAUGACCCAGUGGUGUUGAAGCUUUUGGACAACGUCUUUGAAGAGAAUUAUCCUACCGACCUGUUUGACUUGGGCCCCUACGUGAAAGAGCUAGACCCUCGACAGCCGAUUCGUAAAGCUACAGCACAAGAUCCGGACAAACCUUGGAAACCCGAGGGCAACCUGGUAACUACAUUCGGUGAGCACAGCGGUCCUGUCAACCGAAUUGCUUUGCCUCCUGAUCAUGCUUUCUUUGUGACUGCAUCGGAUGAUGGCACGGUGAAGGUCUGGGAUACAACUCGAUUGGAAAGAAACCUGGCCUCGCGCUCUCGCCAGACCCAUCGCCACGCAACAGGCGCCCGGGUGAAGUCGUUGACCUUUGUCGAGAACACUUACACUUUUGUGAGCGGUGCAACGGACGGUACCAUCCAUGCCGUCCGAGUCGACUAUCAUAAGACUAACGAGACCGCUCGCUAUGGUAAACUUCAGCGCGUCCGCGAGUACCAACUGCCAAUGGCGGACAAUGGAUCGCCCGAAUAUGCAGUAUGGAUGGAGCACUUCCGGGACGAGGGCCAGUCAACUCUACUGGUUGCUACCAAUACCUGUCGAAUCAUUGCUCUGGACAUGAAAACCAUGAUGCCGAGCUUCACUCUAGAUAACCCUGUUCACCAUGGAACACCCACCACUUUUUGCUGCGACCGCCGUCAUUCAUGGCUUCUAAUUGGCACGACACACGGCAUCUUGGAUCUAUGGGACCUGCGAUUCCGGGUUCGGCUUAAGGCCUGGGGCCUUCCGGGCUGGGGCAGUAUUCAACGGAUCGAUCUACAUCCUACAAGACCCCGUGGCCGUUGGGUAUGCGUCUCUAGCAGCGGAAGCCGCGGACAUGAAAUCACUGUCUGGGAUAUCGAGCGGUUCCGCUGCCGCGAGGUAUACCAAGCAACGCCGCUGAAUGGCGGUGAAACCACUCCAGGGGGAGAUCAACGCACUCCCCGCGGAACCGCGCCUCGAUCUCAUCAGCCGCGGGACUUCGAGGCUUGGUCCGUUGAUGAAGACCGACCAGAGGGUAUGCUCAGUCGCUUUGCCACUGCCAGUCCUGCUGCCGCGGGCACUAUGCCGGCCGGCGAAAAUGGCAUCAUUUCGGGCGAUCGCUUUGGUACAUCGGCGUUCACGGUCGGGCUGAAUGUUCCAGACAACGACAGGUCCUCCGGAAGUCGAUAUGGAUUCAUUGUGUCAGCGGGAUGGGAUCGCAAGAUCAGAUUCUGGGACCUCAAUCGCCCGGAGAUGUCCAUGAUUGUGAGCGGUCUGGACAGUGCAUCGGACGGCAAUCCCGCUGCAAGGCCUCGAUAUGAGCUAUCGCAGCCGGGCCCCAGUCUGCUCGUUGCCACGGAACAUCUCCCCAGCGGCCCGAGCGGCAGUACAGGGACUCCUUCGCGGAAGGGGGCCAGUCCCCGCCCACCCCGCAGUACCGUCAUCAGCCUUCAGCAGCAACAAUUGCUGCGAAGCCAUCUGGAUAUUAUUCAGGAUGUGGCUGUUCUGAGGCAGCCUUACGGAAUGGUCGUGAGCGUUGACCGAGCAGGAAUGAUCUAUGUGUUUCAGUGA